CCUGUCUCCGCCCACUGCAUCGCAACAGAGUUCCUUUCCCGUACAUUUCCCACCUUUUCCUUCUGUUUUUCCUUCUCUCGUCUCCUCUGUUUCUUGAUUCGAAGAAAUGGAAGGAGAGCAGGAAUGGGAAGGAGAGGAGUCCGCUCCGACUCUUACACUAAGGACCCGGAAGGGCAAAAUGGUAAAUCUCGAUGCUGCUAGAGUAGAAUGGACGGCACAGACUGACCGAAGCGUUUACUUGGAUAGAGGUGAAGGAAUAUGGAAGUGUCGCCACUGCACAUGGACCUACCGAAUGGGAAGUCCUGGCAUAGAUCAUGCUCACAAUCAUGAAGAGUCUUUCAGAGGGUUGGCGAAUGCCAAAACAUUAUCUCAGCAGGGAUCAUGUUUUGGUUCACAAAGUCAACAAGGUACUGCAUCUACUGAUGAAAAUGGGGGGACAAAAUUCAGCACUGUUGGCUUUUCUGCUGGUGAGAAAAACCAAGGGAAUGGUGAAGCAGAUCUUGAAACAAAGAUAAAUGGUCUUUCCAAUGAAGACAACAAUGGAAGUCCAGUGGAUAUGAGGGCUGAAAACCAGUUAGGUUUUAAUGUUAGAUACUUGGAAACGGCAAAUUUCACUAGCGCCAUUGAAUCCACUGAUAAGAAUGUGGCAAUGAAAUUCCAGACCAACGGCAUGUACACUCGUGAGGAAAACCCAGAAACUGAUGAAUCUGAUUUUGCAAAAAAGAAAUUUGAAAAUCUAGAUGGUCUUCCAAAUGUAGGCAACCACAAAAGUCCAAUGAAUAUGAAGGCUGAAAGCCAGCUGAAUUCAAAAUUUAUAUACUCUAAAGUGUAUGGUGAAAAUGGAACCACCGGAUUUGAGCCUUUUGAGAAUGUAAUAAGAGCAAGUUCACAUGGUAGGCUAGUGCAUGGUAGUAAACCAGUAGUAGAAACGGAUGUUGAGAGGGUGUUAGAAGAGCAGGAUACACACGAUUUAUACUGUCCUAAUUGUAACUCAUGUAUUACUAAGAGGGUUAUUUUACGUAAAAGAAAACGGAGGGGUCAAGAUGUCCAGUUUGAGUCAAAGCGUGAAAAAAUUGAACCAGUACUUCAACCUGAUCUGAAUGCUAGUACUGACACAGGGCCUGACGUCUUCAGAUGUUUAGCGUGUUUCAGCUUUUUCAUUCCAACAGCUAGUGGUUUUAAGUUAUUCAGGAUUUUUGGAAGAAGUGACGAGGGUGAAAACUUGAACAAUCCUCAGCAAAUACCUUCUAAGAACUUGAAUUGGAUCUCCUCUAUUCAUGAAUUUCUUAAGACCAAAAAGGCGAGAAACGAGCCAGGGAGUUAUGCAGUGCAACAUGUUCAAGAAGACAAUGUUCAACCAUUGGGCCCAUCAAAACAUUCAAAUGGAACUCUAUCUGUUCAGGAAAAUGAGAUUCUUCCAUUAAUACAGGGAGGUCUGAUGCCUGAUAAAUCUAAUGCUACUAUUGAACAAAGUGUGGAAGGUGAAAUCAGAAAAGCCUUGGGAGAUAAAGAUGUUAUUCUUGCCCUGUCAAGUCAGGAAUCUUUGCCACUUGGAGAAACCCAAAUUGGUGAUGGAGUGAAACUGGAUGGUCCAAUUAAAAUGAAUGGUGCAGCUUUAUGCAUUGAUGCAGCGAAUAGUAUAAUACAACGUGUUGAAGAUGAUCAUCCUAACUUGAUGGGGCCAUCACGACAUUCAGAGGAAUCAUUAUCACAUGAGAUGAAUGAUAACGAUUCAUCAAUUCAAAGGGCAGGGCUAGCUGAAGUUAUUAGUUUCAACAAGGAACAAGUGGACAAUCCAGAACUGAAACCUUUGGAAGAUGAGAAAAGCAUUCCAGUUUCGCCAAAGCCCGGUGCUUUGUUGCAUGGAGAAAUUGAAUCCGACAAUGAAGAAAACUUGAAGGGUGUGCCUAAAACAAACAUUGCAGGAGACAUUAAUAUGCAGCUUGUUAAAGAAGAUAUAGGUCAAGAACCCGUGAACCAACCUCAUUACUUAGACAAAAUUACGCUAAACAAUUGCAACACAUUUACUUCGCCAGCACCAGAAACUUCCAUGGUAGCAAAAGAUCAAAAUGGCAUUGGAAUGCAUCGAAAGGAUGAAUUGUCAAAACCUCAACGAGAGGGGAAUAAUGCUUUCAUUCCAUCAAUUCCAGGAGUUUCAUCGCCUAAAGGAGUUCAGAUCGACAUUUCAAAACUGGAGGCUGCAGCUAAAAAGACUGAUCUUGGUAUGAAAUGGGCUUUUCUGAAGUCCGUUGUUCACGAUUUUGCUAUUCCAGGCACCGCUACACCAGCGGGACCGUUGUCAUCUCAGAGCAAUCAAACUGUUCCUUCUUCAGCAGCACCAGGAGUCUUGCAAGAUAGGGAGACCAAAAUAGAAAUUGUUCAACAGAAGUUUGAUGGAGCUAGAACUCAUGAAUGGGAUAUCCUAAAAAGCAUUGUGUAUGGUGGUUUAAUCGAGUCAAUCACAAGCCUUGGUGUGGUUUCAUCUGCAGCUGGCUCUGAGGCUGCCACAUUGAAUAUUGUUGCUUUGGGAUUGGCAAAUCUGAUCGGUGGACUAUUCGUGAUUUCUCAUAAUCUUAAGGAGCUGAGAAAUGAACAACGUAGUGCCAAUGAUCAAAAUGAACAAAAUCUCGAUCAGUACCAAGAAAUACUUGGGCGGAGAGAAAAUUUCUGGCGGCAUGUGGUUGUUGCAGUCUUUUCAUACAUCAUAUUUGGGCUAAUUCCACCUGUGAUUUAUGGCUUCUCAUUCCGAAAGACUGAUAACAAGGAGUACAAGCUCAUAGCGGUUGCUGCAGCUUCUCUUCUAUGCAUCGCUUUGCUUGCAAUCGGGAAGGCCCAUGUCCGAAAGGCGCCAAAGACCUACAUCAAAACCUUGUUGUACUAUGUUGGCACUGGGAUGCUGGCGUCAGGCCUCUCAUAUGUAGCGGGCCAGCUGAUCAAGAAGCUUUUGGAGAAGCUUGGGUGGUUCGACUCCGGUGCAGCUAACCCCAUGUCUGUAUUUGUGGAAACAAGGUCAAUGAGGUCGGGAUGGGCAUCUUAUUGAUGGUGGGCUCACUUGGGAGUUGGCUGAUCGCAGGACUCAAGGUUGAGGCACAAAAUCAAAUUGAGUAAUGUCUCUGGGCCCAUGUCCCUGUCAUUGGCAGUUUUAGUCUAUGAUUUUCACCAACUAUUAGGAAAUUUCUUUUAAUCUGUUCCACAAUUUCGUAUUUUCUGUUGUAUUAUUUGGAUUUAAAAAAAAAAACCAAAUUCGGUGGCAAUAGCCUGAUAUCCUACAAUACAGUGGAUGUGUGGGAACUUUACACGUUAUUUCCUGCCAACAGGUCUCUCA